CUCCUCCUCCUCCGCUUCGCUCGCCCGCCCGCGAGGCUGUUGCCCCCCCCCGGUUGCCAUGUUGGUGCAACUCAAGACGGCUUUCCGACAAGCCGGGAAGAUGCCCGAAGGGAUCUCGCCCAAGCUGGAAGCCAACGUCCUGGUCAUCGGGGCGGAAGAAGUGGGGAAAUCGGCUUUGACUGUCAGGUUUCUGACCCGAAGAUUCAUCGGUGAAUACGGGGAUAUUGAAUCCAUUUAUAAUCACAACAUGAAGAUGGCCGGCCGGAGAGCAUCAUUUAGUAUCUGGGACUCAGCCUGCCCAAAGGUGUCCAACCUCCAGAGCUACCUGAAUGAGAAACAGCUCCGAUGGGCCGACGGUUUCGUCGUCGUCUACAGCAUCUGCGACCGGGCCAGUUUCGCUUUCGCCCGCCGUCAGCUCCAUUGGCUCCGACGUUUGAAGAGGAGGAACGGGGCAGGGCGGAGGCCCAUCGUCCUGGUGGGGAACAAACGCGACUUGGCGCAUCAGCGGGCCGUGUCCAGCGAGGAAGGCCGACUUCUGGCCCUGUCCACCAACUCUGGCUUUUUUGAAAUUUCCACCGCCGAGACCUACCACGGCUCCCUGCUGGUCUUCCACGAACUUCUCAACAUGGUCCAGGACUCGAAGAGUUUCACAAAGAAGGCGGUGGGCCUCCGGGAGAUAGUCCGCAGCAUGUCGGCCAUCUUUGGGCGGAGGAGGACCCAGUGAAACUUGGGCUGGGGGAAACUAAGAGCAAAUGUUGAAAUAUAGAAGACGCUGACGAGGGCUGCUUGAACCUGAUCAGAGAUUGCUUCUCGCAGGAACGCUCAGAUUAAAAAAAAAAUAAAAAAUUACAGAAGGAAGCAAGGAAACACGUACGUGAUGUGCUGGUUUCUCUCUGCACAGCUUGAAAUGUUCUUCCUGAUUGCCAUGGGAAACCAGUGAGAAAUAGUAAAUCUUCCUGUGCUAGCAGAACAAUUGUCUCUCUAGCGAUUGGCACAGGGCUCCAUUUCUAAGAGAGAGUACGGCUUAUUGCUCAGACUUUGAGAAUAUGGAACAGGAAUAAACGUAGAUGUUCUUGGAUGACAGGCAUUUUAAUAACCUGGCAUCUAUACAGAAUACCAAGAGUUGGAAGGGAUCUUAGAGGUCUUCUAAUCCAACCCCCUGCUUAGGCAGGAA